AUGGAUCUUGGCGGGAAGCUGCCUGCAGGAAGCUUUUUGGCCGGCGGGCUUUUUCUGGCAUGGUUCCUCAAUAGAUGGCUGAACGACAGAGCUCUCAACAACGGCAACGCGCCCUCGUCAUAUGACUGGGCAAAGGAGAUUAUUGUUGUCACGGGAGGCUCCGGCGGCAUUGGCGCAGAGACGGUCAAAAAGUUGGCAGGUCGGGGGAGCCAAAUUGUCGUGUUGGACGUCUUGCCGCUCAGCUACUCAAAUGUUCCAAAUGUGCAUUAUUAUGAAUGCGACUUGACAAAGUACGACGAGUUGCAGGAAGUCGGAAAAAGGAUUUCAAAAGAAAUCGGAGAUCCCACAGUUGUGAUAGCCAACGCGGGCAUAUGCCGGGGAAAGCCGAUCUUGUCUGCCUCAAAGCGCGAUAUUGAACUCACAUUUGGCGUUAACAACAUCGCCUUGCUCUUUACGGCCAAAACCUUCCUCCCAAGCAUGGUCGCCAAAAACCACGGACAUUUCCUCAUAAUCGCCUCACAGACAGGCUACAUUGCAACCCCGGGCCUCACCGACUACUCAGCGUCCAAAGCCGCCACGAUCGCCAUCUACGAGGGCCUACACGCCGAGGUUGGCUUGAUGUACGGGGCUCCCUCGGUCCGCGUGUCGUGCGUGUCGCCGACCCUGGUCGACACCAAGAUGUUCCAGGGCAUGGACUCGAGCGCCGCCCCCGGCGGUGCGCUCCGGCCCGAGGAUCUGGGCGCCCGCAUCGCCGGCAUCAUCCACAGCGGCCGCGCCCAGCACGCCUGUGUGCCUCACUGGUCCGUCAGUCCGCUUAGUUUUAUCCGUACGUGGCCUGAUUGGUUGCGCGUGUGGUGUAUGGCCUCGUCCGUUGGUCUUUAUGAUAAUCUCAGGCCGCAUGAUCCGAUGGCGUCACGGUAG